GUCCCCUUAUGGAAGUCACUGCACCGACGGGGAUGGCAUUAAAAACUUCUACCAUGAUGUGUAUGGCUCCAGAUACACACGGGAGUCCUGUAAACGGACAUGUGCCCAGCUGAGCAUCAUGGAGAACUGUGGGUGCAGGCACUGGGAAUUCGCUGCUCCCCCCGACCUCCAGUACCCCAAGUGUAACCUCAGUGCUGUGGGAGUCAGUGAAUGUGUGGAGCUUUAUGGAUACAAGUUCGCUCAUGGCAUGCUGCCUUGCGACUGUCCUCUGCAGUGCAAAGAGGAGCUGUACCAGCUGACAGUGUCUGGGUCCCAGUGGCCAUCAUCUGCUUUCAUUGAAAAGUUUUCCAGUGAUCUGAGAGAGAUGGGUGGUCAGUUGAGUACGAUUGCAGACAGCCCUCAGCUAAUACGGGAUAACCUGGUGAAAGUUGUUGUUUACUACCAGCAGCUGAAUUCUGAGCAGAUUGAGGAGGAGCCAUCGGUCUCUGAGAUCGAUUUGAUUUCCAGCAUGGGAGGACUGGUCGGUCUCUGGGUCGGAUUCUCUGUCUGCACGCUGGCGGAAUUCUUUGAGCUUUUCGUGGACAUGUUGGUCUUCUUCGUCCGGCGAUGUCUCUGGAAGGCUGUGCCCAAUACCUACGCAAACCCAUGCUCUGAAAGAGGGAGAGCAUCCUUCACUGGACAGAAAACCACCAACAUGUAGCUGUGCUGUGCUGUGCUUUGUUACAUUGUAACAGCAUUCUUCGUAGGAAAUGGGAAAUAAUAAAGACCAUUUGAAUGUAUUCCUAGUGCAGUAAAAAUAGACGAGAUAGAUAGAUAGAGAUUGAUAGACAGAUUGAUUGAUUGGAUAUGAUUGGGUAACAGUAGAUAUAAUGAUAUAGUUAUAACCCAUUAUUCAAUUGUUUACUGUUCUCCCUUGUCUGGACUUAUUGUGUUAAAACAUCCAUUCUUGAGGGAACGUUCUUACCAGAGCUCCACUUGAUGGAACUAAACAGGUAAUAAUGGCUGAUCAGAAUCUCUGUUAGAAUUGGUAUCAUUCCAUCGUUCUGAAUAAAUAAACCAAA